CCUGUUUGAUGACGCACUGAAGCUCAGUGACCGUGACCCGUUUGACGUGUUGGGAAGAGAGGAAUCGUGCUGACAACCAAAAAUGAUGAAUUUGGGCGCUUUAGUGCACAGCCUCCGAUGCUCUUUACUACACAUUGAGAGCAGACUCCUGCAGGCGGCGGGACUGGACGCACACCUGGCUCCAGCGCUGGCAGUGAGCGGCCCCAGCCUCCUGCCUCAGCUCGACAGGGAGGAUGAGCUGGAGGAGCAGCAGAGCCCGGAGCAGCCCCCUGGCCUCCUAGACAGCAUCUUGUGGAUGGCUGCUCCCAAGAAGAGACGCACUAUAGAGAUCAACCGCACCAGGAGGAGAGCUGACAACAAACUCCUUAAAGUCAAGACCAACAUUGAGCCGUGUCUAGAGUGUGGCCACUUGAAGCAGAAACACAUCAUGUGUGGCUUCUGUUAUGCUAAGGUGUCCAAGGAGACUGCUCUGAUUCGUCAACGAAUCAAUGCGAUGGAAGGUGGCCCGCUGAGGGCCCCGGCAAUGGAGACUGUGGUCCUGUAUGAAGGCGAGACACCAAGCCAGCAGGACAAAGACAAGAGGAUCGUGGAGAGGCCCAGGAAGAGGCCUGCCUGGUUCAGCUAAUGAUGCAGAGAUAUUGAGGCUGUGUGUGUUACAUACCUUCAGUCUGACUCAGGUCUGGUCAGAUACACACUGAUGCUUUAUGUGAUAUAGUAAACAGCUUAUUUUGUCCAGUCUGUCAGUAAAUGAAAGAGGUUGAUGUAUCAGUCUCCACAAAUUCCAUAAAGGGGUCGUUUGAUCAGCACUGAUACAGGAGCCUUGAUAAAUACUGGCACAUCAGACGUUUUCACUUGUACUACAGUGGUUCUCAACCAUUUUGUUGUCAAGGGCCCCCAGAUUGAUACACACAGCUGUAUUUGAUAAGAUGUAGUCUGAGGGGUCCCAAUCUGAUAAGAUUUAGUUAUUCCAUAACUGUUUAUACUGUAGAUUUUUCAAUUGAAAAAUGUGAAAGUUAUGAACAGAAUAAUUAUUCUUAUACAUUCUUUCACUGAGCUAACUUUUAGUCAGUGAAAUAAUAUUGACAUUAAAAUAUUCCUAUUUUUUCUCGAGGACCCCAGGUUGAGAACCACUGCUGUACUGUAUCAUUAAUGUGGGUAGAGAAAGUGUAAAGAUAUAGGCCUUUGGAGUUUUAGUACAAGACAUCAUGGUUGAUUGUUUUUGUCAUUGUUUCAACAAAUUUUCAGACUCAAACCAAGUUUGUCAGAUUGUCAUCUGAGAGAAAUUUACUGUACAAUAUUUGAAUGUUUGGCAAUAAAUUUGAAAAAAACC